AUGAAAAAAAGAGCUUGUCAUCAUACAAUAUUUGUGUACGAUUUAAAAGGAAAUUAUUUGUUUGAUGGAACAUUCGAAAGACCACUGAAAACUAUCCAAGCAACUGUAUCUUUUACACAUACUCUACGUAUUGUUCAUGGUAGUGAUAAAAUAUUAUGCAUUAGCAUACGUGGACGAACUUACUAUUUAGGUACAAAUGCUACUACAACAAGUAGUCAAAUUGGUGCAAUAGCAUUGACAAGUAACGACAGUAAUCUUGUAAUUGAAAACUAUCAGGAUGAACAGGUUAUAUUGAGUGGUGAUACAUUAUUAAACUUACAAUGGUCAGUUCACGUCACAACAAAAGAUGGUCGUAAAAUUAUGAAAGCUCAAAUACCAUCAUCUGUCAAACUAGAACAAUUCAAUGAAUUAUAUAUUGAUGGUGGAGGUGCUUCUGUUUUUAAUCCAUCUACUAAUUUUUGGAGUACAGCUUCACCACCUCAGGGUAAUAAUUAUGUUGUUCCUCGUGGUCUUAUCGUCAACAAUGGAGCAUUACCUCAUAUUGUCAACUGGAGUAAGCCUACGACUGGUUUGGUGCAUGCUUUUCACUCUGGUUAUUGGGAUAGUUGGAUGUUUGAAAUAGCAUCGAUCAAUAGUACACAAAAUACUACCAUAUUCAGUCGAGAAGAUUUUCAAGAAGUACGUGGUUCGGGAAAUGGAGGUGCAUUUUACGUUGCAAAUAUUUUUGAAGAGCUUGAUUUAUCAAACGAAUGGUUUUUAGACAAAGAUAUUCGUACACUCUAUUUUAUGCAGAACGAAAGUAUGCCUCAAAUUUUUCUUGCUAGUCAAAUUCCAUGUCUAAUAUGUAUUAGUGGCAAUAGUAUUCAAGAUUCUAUUCACAAUGUACUGAUUCAAGGUUUAACAUUAACACAAACUAGUAAUACUUAUAUGAGAGAUUAUAUGGGACCAAGUGGUGGUGAUUGGGCUGUUCAUCGAGGUGGAAAUAUCUAUUUAACAAAUACGAGAAAUAUAACUAUUACACGUUAUUUAUUCAUGGAACCAGGAAGCAAUGGUGUAGCUUUAAUUGAUUACAAUGACGCUAUUUCGAUCACUUUAAAUGAAUUCGUAUGGUUAGCCAACUCUGCAAUUAUCCUUGUUGGUAGUACGAAUGGAAUCGAUGGUUUUAGUAUGGCGAGUCAGCCUGCUAAUACGCUUAUACAAUCAAAUCUAAUACAUGAAACCGGCAUUUAUGUCAAACAAUCGUCACCUAUACUGAUAUCUGUCAGUCGGAGUGUAUCUGUUAUCGGUAAUUUAAUGUUCAAUAUACCACGAGCAGCAAUUAAUGUCAAUGAUGGAUUCUAUGGAAUUAAUACUCUUAGCUGGAAUAUCAUAUUCAAUACUGUUCGAGAAACAAGCGAUCAUAGACUCAUCAAUACAUGGGAUCGACAACCGUUUUUAAGCGAUGCUGUUCAACGAGGCUUACCUUCACUUUGGCGACAUAAAAGUUAUAUUCAUCACAAUACACUUUUCAAUAAUUACAACUCUUCUUAUCCUAUUGAUCAUGAUGAUGGCAGUUGUUUUUAUGAGAAUAGUUAUAAUUUUCAGGUGGGUGCAGAAUCUUCCAAAAAAUAA